GCCGUCCCGGCACUGACCACCUGGCCAUGCCUGGCGUCUGGCGGGGCCUGGGAGUGCUGCUCUCGCUCCAGCUGGCCCUGCUGGGCCUGACCUCCGACCCCUGCUACGAUGCCGCCCGGCGGCCCCGCUACUGCCUCCCGGAGCCGGCCGACCUGGCCGCCGGGCGCCCCGUCCAGGCCUCCGCCACCUGCGGCCGCCCCCCACAGCGCCUGUGCGUCUUCCGCCACCCGGGCGAUGCCUCGUCCCGCCGGUGCCGCCUCUGCGACGGGGCCGACCCUGCCGCCGCCCACCCCGCCGCCCACCUGACCGAUGCGGGCGGCGAGGCCACCUGCUGGCAGUCGGGGCCAGUGGCCAACGCCAGCCUGACCCUGGCCCUGGGGGGCCGCUUCGAGCUGCUCUACGUGGCCCUCCGCUUCUGCUCCCCCCGCCCCCACUCCCUGGCCCUCUACAAAUCCACAGACCACGGCCACUCCUGGACCCCUUUCCAGUUCUUCUCCGCCCGCUGCCCCCAGGCCUACGGGCUGCCCCCGGCCUCCGCCGUCAGCAAGGCCUUGGAACAUGAGGCCAUCUGCACCGCCGCCCAGACGGACCCCACGCCGCUGGUGGGGGGGCUGGUAGCCUUCAUGCCCCUAGCCGGCCGCCCCUGGGCCCGGGCCUUCGAGUACAGCCCAGUGCUCCAGGACUGGGUGACGGCCACUGACCUGCGGGUGGCCUUGGAUCGCAGGCACCGGGGGCUGGGGCUGCGGGGCCGGGAAGCCUCCUACGGGGUGUCGGAGCUGCAGGUCGGGGGCCGGUGCCGGUGCAACGGGCACGCUGCCCGGUGCGGGGCCACUGGGCCCAGCGGCGCCCCCCAGUGCCAUUGCCGCCACAACACGGCCGGCCCUGAGUGCGAGACUUGCAGGGCCUUCUACUGCGACCGGCCCUGGCAGCGGGCCACGCCCAGCGAGGCUCACGAGUGCGUGGCCUGCGAAUGCAACUGCCACGCGCACCGGUGCCGCUUCAACAUGGAGCUGUACAAGCUUUCGGGGCGCAAGAGCGGGGGCGUCUGCCUGAACUGCCGGCACCACACGGCUGGGCGGCACUGUCACUACUGCCAGCCGGGUUUCAAACGUGACCUGGGCCGGCCCAUCACCAGCCGCAGGGCCUGCAAGGCCUGCCAGUGCCACCCCAUCGGAGCAGUCGGCACCAUGUGCAACCAGACCACAGGGCAGUGCCAGUGCAAGAUGGGUGUCACCGGGCUCACCUGCAACCGCUGCGCCCAGGGCUUUCAGCAGAGCCGCACUGCCCACACCCCCUGCCUCCGCAUUCAAGAAGUGAUGACCACCACGGCUGCCUACCCCUUGGAGUGGAACACAGGUGCCUGGGGCACUGAAUGCCAGACUCACUGCAACCCCUCCCACGGCCGCAUCCACAUGAACCUGCGAAAAUACUGCAAGAAGGAUUACGUGCUGCAUGCCCAGCUGCUGGCCAUGGUGGAGUCGGGCGAGUGGUGGCAAUUCACGACCUCGGUGCUGGCAGUCUAUCGGCAGCGCCAGGUGCCCAUCCGCCGGGGUGAGCAACCGCUCUGGGUGCCCCGGCAGGACCUGGCCUGCGGCUGCCUGCGCCUCCAAAUUGGCAAGGCCUACCUGGUGAUCGGGAACGACGCAGAGUCGCCCGACCCGGCGCGCCUGGUGCUGGACAGGAACAGCCUGGCGCUGCCCUGGCGCGAUGUCUGGGCCCACAAGCUCCGUCGCUUCCAGCAGCAGAACCGGCGGGGCAACUGCCGGAGCCCCUGAAACCCAAGGAGGUGGGAUGGAAAUGCCAGGGACACUAAGGCCAGGGGAGGGGGUGCGCCAGGCACCCCAAGACCCGGGGCAGGAUCUGUAACGCCUGGCGCCGCUCCUCCAGGGGCUGAGAUCCCCCAUUGGCCCCUGAAACUGGGCCCAAUCCCCUCCUCAAUCCCCUGGAUUCCCCCAUAUUGAGACCCUACCCCCCCUAUGCAGGGCCCAAUCCUACCUCCCCUCAUCCAGCCCUGAGGGAGGGCCCGUCCCCACCCAGCUUCCCACUCCCCCCUCACUCCACAUUUUUGCAAUCAGGUUGGGGGGGGACAGAGGAAAGACCAAAGAUGACCUUUGACCCCUGACCUAUGGCCUGCUCUGCUCUUGCACUUGUAAAAAAGAUAAAUGGAAUAAAAUGAGAAAUUAUUUUACUCUCA